AUGCCUUUCCUCCACGUCGGCUACAAACGCUUUCACUACACCGACUUGAAACCACAAGAUGGCAAGACACGCGAGACACUCAUUUUCAUGCACGGGCUGGGCUCUUCGCAGAAUUACUAUCAGCCAGUAACUCAAAGCUUGGUCGCGAAUGGAUUCCGCUGCAUUACCUUUGACAACACAGGGGCCGGUCGAUCGACGUACACAUUUGUCGAGCAGAGUAUCGAGACGCUAGGAGAAGAUGUGAUUGGGAUUCUGGACGCGCUGAACGUCGACAAGGCUGUGUUCGUUGGGCACAGCAUGGGAGGCAUCGUCGGUGCACACCUUGCGGCUGAGCGAAGUGACCGCAUUGUAGCAGCUAUCCUGAUCGGCCCUGUAUAUCCCAGCCCUGAGGCAGGCCCCCGCUUUCACGAACGGAUAGAAACCGUUGCAAAAGACGGUAUGCAACCCAUGGCCGACAGCAUCCCACAUGCUGCAGUCGGGAAGAAGGCGUCUCCACUGGUCAAAGCGAUGAUCCGCGAGUUAUUGCUAUCGCAGGAUCCAGCGGGUUAUAUUUCCAACUGUCGAGUCAUUAUCAAUGCAAAGCCGCCUCAGUACAGCAAGAUCAGCGUGCCCGUACUCAUUCUCGCUGGUGAGGAGGACAAGAGCGCACCGCUUGAAGGAUGCAAGAAGAUGUUCGAAGAGAUUGGUAGCAGCGAGAAGAAGUUGGAGGUUAUGGAGGGAGUCGGGCAUUGGCACUGUCUUGAGGCUUUUGACGAAGUCGCGAAAUUGAUUGAGGGGUUUUACCACGAGAUACAAUAA